GUCUCGCCUCCGUGCCUCUCUGGUGGAGCAGCACACCAGAGAGUGGAUGGCGCGGUCGAUGCUGUACCUUUCCGUGCUCCGCAAGCUUCGGGUACCGGGCGCUGCGCCGCUGGCGGCGUCGUCGCUCCCAACCAUGCACCCGGUGCCCACAGUGCUCUGGCUCAUCAACGUCUACGUCAGGGACGCCUUGACGAGGCUCGACGAGACGAGAGCCAGAGUCACUUCCAUCUUUGGUGAUCUUUUGAAGAUGGACUCCACCAAGAAGAUCACCAAAAAGCUUGCGGGCGGUGCUGCCGGGACGGCCGCCUGGGUCACCAACGUCGGCAAUGAGUACGGGCAGGUGCUCAUGUCCGUCCUCACCGCAGCUGAGGGGGGCGGACUUGUCGACAUGGCAUGGUACCGCGAAGCCGGGAAGGCCCCUCCAAGGGUCCUGUACGUGGACCGGGACUGCUGUGCCACCGUGGGACAGUGUCAAACGUCCAAGCUGUUCCACGAGUGGCACGAGCUGGUCGUCAGGCUCGACGUGUGGCACCUCAUGCGGCGUUUCGCCAGAGGGGUGACCACCGACAGCCACCAGCUCUACGGCCUCUUCAUGGCGAGGCUCUCCUUCGCCAUUUUUGAGUGGGACGCCGAAGACGUGUCCCGCCUGAGAGGAGCCAAGCAGUCCGAGGAGGGGAGGGACGCCCAGGAGGUCAAGCUGUCCGCCAAGGAGCUCGCCCGUCACUGCCGGCGCCGCACCAGGGGUGCAGUGGAGACGGAGCGGCUGGUCCAAGAGGUGCUGGACACCUUCUGGCACGUGACGGACAGCAUGGGCGUCCCUUUGAUCGACCGCGCCCGAAUGGAGGAGAUCUGGAGCACGCAGCGCCGACACCUCGACUGCAUCCAGGACCCUGCGGGAGUGGACCUCUACACCAAGACGGGAGAGCUCACCAAAGGCGGGGUGAGGCUCCCCGUCUACCGGUGCGGCCGAGGCUCCACUUCCCUGGAAUCGUUCCACCUGCACCUGUGCCGCUUCAUCCCAGGACAAUCUGCAAGUGAUGUACACUUCCAGGUGUACCUGCUGGAGGGCCUGGUGCGGUGGAACGAGAAUCGAGGGAGGACAGAGGUCGGCGCUGCGUUGCUACAGUGCCCAGCUGCGGCACAGCUUCGACCAGCUGACCCAAGAGCUUCUUGGGCUCACGCUGGUCGACACGUACACCAUGCCCAGGGAGUACACAGGGGAACUCAUUGGGGUGGAGUACCUGUUCUCCCAGACGGGCGCUGUGCUGCAGAAGGACCUGGAUGAUCCUGACGCUCCAG